AUGGCGCCGGAGGAUUCCACUGGUCCCAGCAUCUCCAACGAUGGCGACAACUACUUCUGGUACAACUGGCAGCCCUUCUCCAUCCCUCAGCCCGAUAUGUUCAUUCCCUCGCCGGCCGACGCCACAAGCCACGGCACCUCGAGCAGCAGCACCAGCAACACUUGCAGAAACGCCAACGGCGGCGGCCAAAACGGAUGGUUUCUGCCCUUCCCCCCCGUUGCCGCCUCUCCUACCGGCUGCUCGCCCCAUGAAGAUGACUCCGCCGCCCCAGCCUCUACACACAGCUUCCUCUUACACAGCGCCGGCGGUAUAUUUCGCUUUCUUCAUCAUUAACCUUCCGUCCACCUCUUUUUUUAUGAUUUCCACGCUAGAGAAGGUGGCUACUCUUGACGAGCCGCCGCGCGACCUCACGGCGGUCCCACCUGCAAAAAUACGGCAAAAAAUUCUAUUUAUUUCUAAAUUUUUGUUGUUGUCGUUGCUGGUGAUUAUCUUCCACCUGCACCAGCGCCACUGCCUCCGCGGUGCAAUCCCGUAUCCAUCAGUUAGGCACAUUUACACUGUUCAUCGUCCCUCUGCAGAUUGGCACCCUUUCGUGUAUUACGGCGGCGAGGCAGUCGGCGACCCACCGGCGGAGGUGCCGCGGCUGGAGGACUUCCUCAGCGAGCGCCGGGCGUCGCCGCCGCCGCCUUCCUGCACGGCGGUUGAGGCUUUGGUGGGCUCCUCCCUCAGCGCCACCGCCGGCCAGUGCUACUACGACGAGGAGCAGAGGGCCGCGGGGGGAGAGGCGCUGGGAGCGAAGCCCGGGAAAUCAAGUUCCGAUGAGGAUUCGAAGUCGGACAAUGGCAACCACCUGUCGCAAUCUGGGCAGUCCUUCGACGGAGCGGCGGACAUCAGUCUCACUUGUGCUCAUCCGCGCGCGGUAGUUGCUUUCGCCCCGCCGGGCGACAUCUCCGAAGAUGGGAAGUCGUCGGGCACGGCGCUGUUAGGUACAGGUCAGAGGAGCUCCUCCUACAGAGGGGUGACCAGGCAAGUGCACGUCCAUUAAUCCCAAAUCCUCUCUCGGCCCGUCACAGGCAUGGUUGGGUGCGAGGUGAUUCUCCUACGUUUUGUUUUGACUGGUAUGCGUUCCUGCAUGGCCCGUCUCUUUCUCCAGGCACAGAUGGACUGGGAGGUAUGAGGCGCACCUGUGGGACAACACCUGCGUGAGGGAGGGGAUGAAGCGCAAGGGCAGGCAAGGUUAGUAGAGCUCUUUCACCAUAUCCUCAGAUUCGCCGUUGGUCUGCUGGCUCACCUCCCUUUCUGCGACAAGUGGGCGGGAGGGGAGGGGGGAGAUUCACGUAGGGCAGGAGGAGUGAUGAUUGAUGGGUUAAUGUGAUAGGCGGAAGGGUUUGUGCUGCGGCGCCGUCGUGGGAGGCGGGGGUUGCCCGAAAGUACGGGACUUGGGGGGGGGGGGACCUUCACGCAUAAUAUUACGGGCAUCUGAAUCCCUCUCCUCGACGGACAGCACCUGACCGUGCUCGCACUGUUCCCAUUUACGGCUCUUGACCGAGCCGUCUGUCCAUCACAGUUCCCGUCACCUCUAACCUCUAGUCGGAAAGAUUUUCCAUAUUAUCUUGAAGGAGAAUGAUGGCGGCGGGAAUCACUCGUCCCGUCCGCUCCGUCGGGACGAAGUGGGAUGAUGUGAGGGAAGAUUUUCGAUAUCAUCUGUUAUAAUUAAAGCAUCAUUGACCUGCAGUUCUUUCUCUCCUUCUCGUCGCUUCCAGCCCCCCUCAACCCCCCCCCUCUUCCUACCUAGAGGGCCAGCACGAGCAGGAGCUCUUUUUCCGAGAGCUCGCCGUCGGCGCAGUUUGCCAUUAUCUUCAGUCAUCCUCUGGACCAGGCGAAGUCGCCAGGCCCCCCAGUUCCUGUUGCAGAGGCUUCCGUGCCCGAAGCUUCGGCCACAAUAAAAGCCCUGGAGGGAGCAGAUGGACGAAGGGCUUAGUCUGACAUUCUAGUCUGACCGACCAUCUUAGCUGUCCGAGACUCCACUAUCUGAAUCGAUCUAAGUAGAAACCAACCCACCAUUUUCAAGCUCUGAUUAACCCUAUCCUGCAACUCCGCAUGCUUCUCGACUGGGGAAAGUUUCUGUUGUCAAUAUAGAUCACAUCUCUGCGGACUGCCGCCGUGCUCCCCUCUGACUAACACAGUACCCAUCACAUCUGGAUAUUCUGGAAAUAGUCGAUACUACUGCUGAUUACAUAUUAUAGGAAUUUGUAGCAUUUCUUCUGUUUGAACUGUAGAUCAGAACAUACGAUCAUGACCGUUUUAUUUCUGUUGCAUGUAAAUCUGCUUCUGGGUCGGUCGGUCGCGCGUGCCAUCGUGCAGUGUACCUAGGUGCGUGUUCCUCUCUGCUCUUCAUCCACAUGAGCCUCCUAUCCUCCCCUCCGCUGAGGAGGCCUGUUCUCUGUCGCUUCACGGGGUUCAAUGGCCACGUGCAGGUGGGUACGACAGAGAGGAGAAAGCAGCCAGGGCGUACGAUCUCGCGGCUUUGAAGUAUUGGGGCCCCACCGCCGCCACGAACUUUUCUGUAGGCGAUAUCUUCCAUCCCUGGUCAACUAAUCCUCCUCUCAUCUCUCUCUGGGUUCUCUCAGCUAACUUGCUCUUGCUCUUGAUGAUCCAGGCCUCGAACUACGCUCAGGAAAUCGAGGAGAUGAAGGACGUGAACCGGCAGGAGUUCAUUGCAUCCCUGAGGAGGUCCACCCCCUUCUCCUUCCUCUUUCCAUCCAUGUGUGUAGAGAUGGCUCCUCAUCAAGCUUCCCUGUUUCAGGAAGAGCACCGGUUUCUCCAGAGGAGCCUCUGUUUAUCGGGGAGUUACAAGGUGCCUCUGUGUUAGCUUUUUUGAUAAGAAUAGUAAAAAAUAUAUAUUUAUUUACUCUUUUUUAUCAUUGUUGAUGGGCAGGCAUCACCAGCAUGGGAGGUGGCAAGCGAGGAUUGGGCGUGUUGCUGGCAACAAGGACCUUUACCUGGGCACAUUUAGUAAGUUGGGACCUUAUCCAUCCCCACUUGGCCGGUCCGUCGGGGAUUGCCCAGUGGUCAACCGUUUUCCGAUGAUGAAAAAGUCAACCUUUAUGUUCGGUUAGUCACCUGCAUAUCUCUGGAAAUCAAGGGCCCUUCUGAUCCAAGUUUCCCGCAGCCACCGAGGAAGAGGCAGCUGAAGCGUAUGACAUAGCGGCGAUUAAGUUCAGGGGGGUCAACGCCAUCACCAACUUCGAGCUGAGCAGGUACAACAUCGAGGCCAUCGCCUGCACAGAGCUACCCAUCGGCUCCUCCGCCAAGCGGCUCAAGCUCACCCCUCCCGCCGGCCACCAGGAACCGCGCCGCGACGCGCCAUUCCCGGAGGAGGCCCCGCCGGACCCGGCCGCCGCCGCCGCCUUGCUCCACACAAUCCUGCAGACCCGCUCGCGCUCCGGCGGGCCUCCGAGGCCGGCGGCGGCCCAAGCCCUCUGGGCUCCUCCCGUCGGCUCAAGCUACAGCGACCGGGCCCAGAUCGAAUAG